UAGCCUCAACAAGCACACAACAGCAAUGUCUUAGUUUCAGGUGCUAACAUAAACAUCCAAUCUCCCUCAAAAAAAAAAACAUCCAAUCUUCCAUCCACAUCCACCCACCGUGCGCCAUGGCAGCAGCGGGGGAGCAGGGGCGGCGGUACUGGCGGUGGAGCAAGGCGGAUUUCUUCCCGGAGCCCUCGUUCCAGAGCUGGCGUUCUUACGGCGGCGCGCUCGCGGCCACCGUGCCGCGGCUCCGGGACCGCUUGACCGCCCGGUCGUCCGAGGCCAUCGAGGCGGGGACUCUGCUCGCCGAGAGCGAGAACCCGCUGCGGCGCUGCCUCUCGUGGGUGGACCUCGCCUUCCUCGGCUUCGGCUCCGUCGUCGGGUCCGGCGUCUUCGUGCUCACCGGCCAGGAGGCGCGCUUCGACGCCGGCCCGGCCAUCCCGCUCGCCUACGCCGCCGCGGGCUUCUCCGCGCUGCUGUCCUCCUUCUGCUACGCCGAGCUCGCGACCGAGAUCCCAUCUGCAGGGGGUUCCUUCUCCUACCUGCGUGUCGAGCUCGGCGACAUGGCGGCUUUCCUCGCCGCGGGGAACAUACUACUGGAGGCCGUCGUGGGAGCCGCCGGCCUAGGCCGGUCGUGGACGUCCUACCUCGCCGCGCUCAUCGGACGCGACAGCGACGCGCUCCGCAUCCACGUCCCGGCACUCGCCGAGGGGUUCAAUCUGCUGGACCCCAUCGCCGUCGUCGUCCUCAUCUCCACCUCCGCGCUCGCCAUGUCCGGGGCGCGCCUCACGUCCACCAUCAACUCGCUGGCGUCCGUCGUCGGCAUCGUCAUCAUCGCCUUCGUCAUGGGCGUGGGGUUCGCCCACUUCGACAAAGGCAACCUCGAGCCGUCCUUCUUCCCCUUCGGUGCCGCGGGCGUGUUCCGCGCCGCGGCGGUGGUGUACUGGUCCUACACGGGGUUCGACAUGGUGGCCACCAUGGCGGAGGAGACCAAGAACCCCGACCGGGACGUGCCGCUCGGCCUGCUCUCGUCCAUGUCGGCCAUCACCGUCGUGUACUGCGCCAUGUCCCUGGCGCUGGUUGGCAUGCAGCGGUACAGCGAGAUCGACGCCAACGCCGCCUACUCGGUGGCCUUCGCCGCGACCGGCAUGAAGUGGGCGCGCUACGUCGUGGCGCUCGGCGCGCUCAAGGGCAUGACGAGCGGCCUCCUGGUCGGCGCGCUGGGCCAGGCGCGCUACACCACGCAGGUCGCGCGCACGCACAUGAUCCCGCCCUACUUCGCGCUGGUGCACCCAAGGACCGGCACCCCAGUCUACGCCACCAUGGCCGUCACGCUCGGCGCCGCCUGCGUCGCGUUCUUCUCCAGCCUGGACGUGCUCGCCUCCGUGUCCUCCAUCAGCACGCUCUUCAUCUUCGCCCUCGUCGCCGUCGCGCUCCUCGUCCGUCGCUACUACGUCGCCGGAAGGACGUCGUCCUCGCAUCUGCGCACCUUCCUGGCCUUCCUCGCGCUUGUCAUCCUGUCAUCCAUCGGCCUCUCGGUGUACUACAACUCGGGCUACGCCGGCCGGUGGCCAGGGUACGUGGUGUUCGGCGUCGGCUGGGCUGCAGGCGCGGCGGGGAUGGCGCUGUUCGCGAAGCAGCAGCGCACGCCCAAGGUGUAUGGCGUGCCGCUCAUGCCGUGGCUGCCGGCAAUGUCCGUGGCCACCAACCUCUUCCUGAUGGGCUCGCUCGGCUCCAUGGCCUACUUGCGCUUCAGCAUCUGCACGGUGGUAAUGCUCGUCUACUACGUGCUCUUCGGCGUGCACGCGACCUACGACGUGGCGCACUCUGAGGAUGCCGCAGCAGUGGCCGAGAAUGUCGAACAGGGGAAGAUUGUGCCGGUGUCCAUGGCGCAUGCAUGACACGAGGACACAAGUCAUGGGAAGAUGCAACCUCAUGGAGAUUUUUGAGGUGCCCGCAGGUUGCUUUUUACCGUUCCGUUGAGACGAAUUGUAUCGUUCUUUUUCCAUCUUCUCGAUCCAGUCAGAACUUUCCGGGCGCAGGUUAACAACCCCUAGCACAUGAAUGCAUUUGGCA